AUGAGUGAACAACGCCAGCAGGGAACCAUCAAGUGGUUCAACGACGAGAAGGGAUACGGCUUCGUGACCCCCGACGAGGGUGCCGACCUGUUUGUUCAUUUCAGGGCCAUUGAGGGAACCGGCUUCCGAUCCCUCAAGGAGGGGCAGAGGGUCUCUUUCGAAGUCGUGCAGGGACAGAAGGGUCUCCAGGCCGACAAGGUGCGCGUUGAGGAAUAA